UUCGCUCAGGAAAGCUCGCUGAUCACAAAUUUAUCAAUGAUGGACUGAUUGCUUCUCUAGUCGUCCCAAGACCAACAAAAACAAUCUGGAUCAAAUGGCAUAGCCCACCGUCUGGCCGUCUGAAACUCAACUCGGACGCAUCCUUCACCCCUGAUUCAAGUGGUGGCGGAGCGAUACUCCGUAACACAAGCGGUAAUCUUGUUGCUGCUUUAUCUUUCCCUCUCACGGCCUCUUGUGCUUUAGAAGCAGAAGCUCUUGCUCUUGUUCAUGCCAUGACGUGGUGUGACCUGGCUGCCCGGAAGCCGACUUUCAUUGAAGUGGACUCUAUGGUUCUUGUCAACCUCAUCCUCAACAUCAAAGCUACUGUCCCAUGGAAGAUUAAGCAAUCUAUUCUCACCAUUCGUCUUCUGCUCUCAAACUGGUCUGCCUCAAUUACUCAUUCUUAUCGUGAAGCCGUAGCAGAUGCCUUAGCAUCAAUGAUACAAUAUUAUUUUAGCUAUAUUAUAUUAUGAAUCAUCAGAUCAUUUAUUGUGCAUUGAGCUGCAUACUGCAGAUCGAGUUUUUCGGCCCUUUCUUAACCAUUGCAAUGGAACAACCUUCUUUUGUGACUUCAUGUGCUUCCUCCUACGAUGUUUUCUUGAGUUUCAGAGGAGAAGACGUCCGCAAGAACUUCGUCGACCAUCUCUACAGUGCGAUGGAGCAAAGAGGGAUUUACACUUUCAAAGAUGACGAGAAGCUGGAAAGGGGAAAGUCCAUCUCGCCGGCAGUUGAGAGGGCAAUCGAAGAAUCGUCGAUGGCGGUCGUCGUCUUGUCCGAGCACUACGCUGAUUCCACAUGGUGUCUGGAGGAAGUGGUGAAAAUCAAGGAGUGUAUGGAGGUGAAAGGUCAGAUGGUUGUUCCCAUUUUCUAUGGCGUGGAUCCAUCGACGGUGAGGAAACAGAAGGGAAAGUUUGGAGAAGCCUUUGAAGGACACGAGAAGAGGUUUGAGAAAGAAGGAGAAAAGGUGAAGAAAUGGAGGAAAGUGCUGGAGAAUGUAUCCAAUUUGUCCGGUUGGAAUCUCGACAAUACUGAAAAUGGGUAAAUAAUCUUAAACUCUAAACUCCAUAUGGGAGAAAUUGUAUCCCUCUCUGUCAAUUAUUAAUGUUACCCCUAAAUUAUUAAUGGUAUAAAUGUUGCCACUCAAUUUUCAAAA